AUGCGUCUAGACUGGCGCCAACUGUGCGGGGCGGCGGCGCUGCUGCUCCAGGGGCAGGUCGCGCUCGCCGAUUUGGGCAUUCAAGCAAAUGACGCCGAUUCAUUGAAAAAGGCGGGAAAGACUAUCACCGAACCCAUGAUAGAGUUUUACCAUGCCAACGAGACGGAAGGCAUUCCGGGCAAGUUGACAGACACAUGGUAUAUCGCCGGUAGCAUGUUCAUGACUUAUCUCCAAUACUGGGACGCGUCGGGCGAUGACACGUAUAAUUCGCUGGUCUCGCACGAUCUCAUGUUCCAGGCCGGUGACAACUACGACUACUUCCCAGCCAACUGGAGUCAAUGGCUGGGUAAUGAUGACCAAAUGUUCUGGGGUCUUGCAGCCAUGACUGCUGCCGAGACUGGCUUUCCUGAAGUCGACGGCAAGCCCUCGUGGUCGUCCAUGGCCCGGGCUGUCUUUGAGAUGCAAGCCGGCAAGUGGGAUACCGGGACGUGUAACGGUGGUCUCCACUGGCAGUGCUGGCCCAUCCAGGCUGGCUACACCAUGAAGAACUCCAUCUCCAACGGUGGUCUUUUCUUUCUUGCUGCUCGCUUGGCUCGAUUCACCAAGAAUGAGACGUAUGUCGAAUGGGCCGAGACGAUCUGGGACUGGUCCGUCGACUCGCCACUUGUGAACAACAACACAUGGCAUAUUGCCGAUUCGACCAACACGGAAAACAACUGCCAGGAUUCCGGCGACAACCAAUGGACUUACAACUACGGUACCUACCUAGGCGGUGCUGUUUUCCUCGCCAACUACACCAACGGCGGCGAAAAAUGGACGACUCGCGCAAACGGAAUCCUGGACGUGGCCAUGAAACAGUUCUUCCCCCAGAAAUACGGCUCAGGAGAAGUGCUGUCCGAAGUCGCAUGUGACCCGAUCAUGACCUGUGAUCGCAACCAACUCGGCUUCAAGGGCUACAUGUCCAUGUGGCUGGCCUUUACGGCUCUGCUGAUGCCCGAGACCUACGACAAGAUCGCCCCCAAGCUGCAAACCACCGCGCUGGCGGUCUCCAAGCAGUGCUCAGGAGAAUCAAAGAGCCUCUGCGGUGAACAGUGGUGGAACCCCACCUGGGACGGUAUGCAGGGAUUGGAAGUGCAAAUGGCGGCGUUGGGAGCCGUCACGGCCAACCUGAUGGUCAUGGCGCAUCAAUCGCCCAAGACAGUCGAUACGAACCCGGACGGCGGCGCAGAUGCGAUCGACACGGGGGAUGACGGCAGGCAGAAGAAGUCUAGGAUCACGACCGGAGAUAGGGCCGGCGCAUGGGUUCUGACGGUGAUAAUGAUUGUAUUUAUCGCUGGUGGAAUGGGAUGGCUGGUGAAGAGCUAG